CAGAUUGCAGUGCUGGGGGGAGGCGGCGAAACCCGUUUAAAAGUGUUGCAGGAUACUGAGAGAAAUCAGCGCUGCUGCAUCCAGCUGCGGGUGUAACUCGGAAGACGCCGUUACUUCACAACGAUUUCUGAGGUGAAAGUUUUGCCAUGGCGGUCUUUUCUGCAUUGUGCAUCUUUAGUCUCUUGGCUUUGGUUCAAGCCCAGUCUCAGUCCCAGCAACCCAAGAUUCAACUCCGCCUUGCGGGUAGUAAACGCAAGCAUUACGAGGGUCGUCUGGAGGUCUCCUACAACAACGAAUGGGGGACUGUCUGUGAUGAUGACUUCUCCAUUGAAGCUGCUCACGUCGCAUGCAGGGAGCUUGGCUUCCUGGGCGCUGUGGCUUGGUCCGCAUCUGCAAAAUUUGGACAAGGAGAAGGACGCAUUUGGCUGGACAAUGUCCAUUGCACGGGAAGAGAGAAAUCUUUAGCUGAAUGUCCCUCAAAUGGCGUAGGGGUGUCAGACUGCCGACACAGCGAGGACGUUGGGGUGAUUUGCAAUCAGAAGCGCAUCCCCGGCCACAGGUUCAUCAAUACCAUGAACAACAAUGUUGAGACUCUCGAAGAACGGGUGGAAGAAAUCCGUAUAAGACCCAUUUCAUCCCACCUCAAGCGCAUACCCGUCACGGAAGGCUACGUGGAGAUUAAGGAACGGGGGAAAUGGAGGCAAAUCUGCGAUGAGGAGUGGACCCCCCUGAACAGCCGAGUUGUCUGUGGAAUGUAUGGAUUCCCCGGAGAGAAAAAAUACAACAACAAAGUCUACAAAUCGCUGUCCAUGCGCAAGAGAAAGAACUACUGGGGUUUCUCGGUGAACUGCACAGGAAAUGAAGCCCACCUGUCCAGCUGUAGGCUGGGCAAACCCUUGGAGCCCAAGCGGAACGGCACAUGUGGACGUGGCCUGCCUGUGGUGGUCAGCUGCGUGCCUGGAAGAGCUUUUGCCCCCUCACCCUCCACCGGCUUCCGCAAGGCUUACAGACCAGAGCAACCCCUGGUUCGUCUGCGUGGAGGUUCCAAUAUUGGUGAAGGAAGAGUGGAGGUGCUGAAGAAUGGAGUCUGGGGAACUGUCUGUGAUGAUAACUGGAACAUGAGGUCUGCCUCGGUCAUGUGUCGUGAACUUGGCUUUGGAAGUGCCAAAGAAGCUCUCACUGGAGCUAAGUUAGGACAAGGAAUGGGUCCCGUCCACAUGAAUGAGGUGGAGUGCUCUGGAUUUGAGAAAUCUCUCACUGACUGUUACUUCAAUAACGAUGCUCUGGGCUGCAGUCAUGAGGAGGAUGCCGCUGUUCGCUGUAAUAUACCUGCCAUGGGUUUCCAGAAGAGGAUACGCCUAAGCGGUGGAAGGAACCCGUAUGAGGGACGUGUGGAGGUUCUGACUGAGAACAACGGCUCUCUGCAUUGGGGAACCGUUUGUAGUGAAAACUGGGGGAUGAUCGAGGCCAUGGUGGUUUGCAGACAGCUGGGUUUAGGCUUCGCCAGCCAUGCGUUUCAGGAGACGUGGUACUGGGCUGGAGAUGCGAGUGCAGAUAAUGUUGUGAUGAGUGGGGUCAGAUGCUCAGGAACUGAGAUGAGUCUUCCUCAGUGUCUUCAUCACGGCAAACACAUCAGCUGUCCCAAAGGAGGAGGCCGCUUCGCUGCUGGGGUCUCCUGCUCUGAUGCGGUUCCUGACCUGGUGCUGAACGCUCAGCUGGUAGAGCAGACCACCUAUCUGGAGGACCGGCCCAUGUACGCUCUACAGUGUGCCAUGGAGGAGAACUGCCUGUCCAGCACUGCCAAAAAGAACGACCACAGCUCCUACCGCCGCCUGCUCCGCUUCUCCUCCCAGAUACACAACGUCGGCCAAUCAGAUUUCAGACCCAAACUGGGUUACCACGCCUGGACCUGGCACGAGUGUCACAGGCAUUAUCACAGCAUAGAGGUUUUUACCCAUUAUGAUCUGCUGAGUCUGAACGGCACCAAGGUGGCAGAGGGUCACAAGGCCAGUUUCUGUCUCGAGGACACUCAGUGUGACGAGGGUAUUCAGAAACGGUAUGCUUGUGCCAACUUUGGUGAACAGGGCAUUACCGUGGGCUGCUGGGAUACUUAUAGACAUGACAUUGAUUGUCAGUGGAUUGAUAUCACAGAUGUCAAACCAGGAGACUACAUUUUCCAGGUGGUGAUCAAUCCUAACUACGACGUAGCCGAAUCGGAUUAUACCAACAACGUUAUGAAGUGCAAGUGCCGCUAUGAUGGAUACAGGAUAUGGACGUACCAAUGUCAAACAGGUGGCUCACGGAGUUCAGACAUGGACGAAUUCCCUGGAAUGAGCAACCAGCUGAACUUCAGAUAGGACGCAGUCAGGAAGGACAAAGGCUCUCGGUGGAGGACGCUGCAGGCUGUUAGACUCUUCAGACACGAUUGACCACUAGAGAGACUCCAGCACUCUGCCCUUUUCAGGCUGAAGUAUAGCACGUUCUUUCACGGUCCUCGCUAUAUCAAACUUGCUUUGAACAGAAAUGAUUUAAAUUCCUGAAAUGUACUGUACCUGCUGCCUUCAUUUUCGGUGCUUGAAAUGCUUGUUUGUUCAAAUCCAUACUGUAACGUUCAAACUAGGAUUUCAAUAUUAAGUUUUCAAUUCUUUCUGCAUUAUAACUUAUUCGCAAAGCCUUUCAUGAACUCGGCCACACUAAUGGCCGCCAAACUUUUGUGGUUUAUUCAUCAAGCAUGUCAAAUAAUUUAUUGUUCAGUCAGGGAUUACAUUUUUGUCAGGUUUUGUGUAUGCAAUGUGAAACUAUAAUUUGUUGCAAUUUUGUGAAGCAUCUACCCUCUGUUUUAUGAGGGUAUCUAUGACCAGUUCAAUGGUUUCCAGAUAUACAGUGUGUUUAUGACUGAACAACACAUUGUUUUCUAUAAUAAAAGCAAUUAAUGUGUGUUA